AGUCACGACCCUAUACCAAAGUCAAAAAGGCCUCUUCGUACAGCUUAUCGUCGCGCAGAAGCGCUUAAUAUAUAGAUUGACAAUGCGAAACCAUGCCAUGCAGUAUGGUUUGCGAGGAACGAAGCUGUUCAUCUUCCUCUUGCCAAGGCCAUGGCACGCGUCAUUGGAGCGGAAAAAAACCCAAGUGGACAAGACGUGUUAGACGCUACCCAGAUAGCCGACCUGCAAUCGAUCAGUGUGAUUUUGGCCCUCUCUGCCCAAAUUAUGGACAAGUCAAGACGCAGGACGAAAUCACAAGAAAUUGCAUCCGCACAACAAGUUCUGGGCUUCCAUCGCGAUAUGCUGCGAGGUAUAAGAAGGAAUACCAGAAAACGGAAACGAGGUUCAGAAGGCCUAUUUGCCUGAUGAAGCUAGGGUCAGAUCGUUGAAGAGCAUCAAAUUAGAAUUUCACCAAUUACCGCUAAUGCUUCAAUACCAGAGGAUCAUGAGAUGAUUGGACCCUAUGUUCUGCUCCUGGCAGGUCCAUGGCCCUCUUCUUAAGUGAUUGUAUGUCAAGGCUGUGUUGCAGGCAGGCGUGUUACAUCAAUACGCAUAGAGAAAGACUAAGGUCUGCAUAAGUGAUAAGAUGAGAGUUCCUCCAGGUGUAACAGUU